AUGCCUAAAGUGGGCCGGCCAAGCAAAGGCCCUCAUGAGAUCCGUGCGUGCACGGAAUGCAGGUGCUCGGGGUCCUCUCCAUGCAGUUACUGCUCUCGUACCCGCAAGAUUUGUCAAUAUGGUUUGCCUCCAUCGAGAACACCCCUGACGAGAAAGAAUCUGGACGCCUCGGAGGCUCGCUGCUCAGCCUUGAUUUCGCUCAUCUCCAGCAUUAAACCCGACAUUGACAUUGCAGCUGCACUAAACGGCCUCACAGGCAAUUCAGAAAGACAUUCUACCACAUCCCUCGAGACCUCCAAUGUCUUGGACUCAGACGUCGAGAACACGGCCUUAUCGGAUAGAUAUGAAUGGCGGGAAACAUCAUUGACUACGCCACUCGAAGUCCAGAACCAGAAAAGUCCACUGGAUGGAAUGGCAUCAUUACCAACAGGAGAUAUGGAAUCAGGCUAUCUGGGGGACAGCUCAGGCGUAACUCUUCUUCGGACGAUCUCCGACUUGAUCCCAGAAAACACAGGCUCGCGAGAUACCCGGCAGGAAACCACGUCGCCAGCAAACAACCAAACGGGGAGUCCUGUCACAUCAAGCUGUCUUGCAAAUACAGCUACGUUAGAGAGCCUAGUCGAUGGAUACUUCAUGUGGUAUAAUCCCUCAUAUCCUGUGCUGCACGAGAAGACAUUCAGGGAAAAGUACCAACUGCGCCAUCAAAUCCCUCCUCGGUCAAGCUGGCAUACGAUAUUCUUUCUCGUGCUCGCAAUCGGCGAUUGGAUCUUGACAGAUGGUUCGGAGGCAGAGCGAUCCGGACACUACACUGCCGCUCGAUCGCGUAUGUCCAUGCGCAUGUUGGAGUCGGGCACGCUGUUGAAUGUUCAGGCGUUUUUACUGAUGGUAACUCAUUUUGGAAACUAUCUCCAGAAACGAGAUCGACCAAACACGGGAUACAACUUUAUUGGAAUUGCAUAUAGGAUGGCAAUUGGCCUGGGCCUUCAUCGUGAACCGCCCAGAGGAGCGACACGAGAUACUUUGUACAACGAACGACGAAGGGUUAUAUGGUGGAUUGUAUAUUGCUUCGAUAGUGGCUUCAGCCUGACGACGGGGAGACCAUUAAGCAUCUCUGACUCAUUUAUUGAGACACGUCUGCCACGAAAUAUCGACGAUUCUGCCUACACCUUGGCGUCGAAUCUCCCUCCCCCGAUAGAACAGCCUACGAUAUACUCAGCCAUUAUCGCGCAAGCACGACUAGCGUCGAUCGGAAAUGCUGUGUUUAGCAAAUUGAUCUCCUCAACCGACAAAAGCUCCUGGGACCUCAAAACCUCCCGAACUAUCGACUACCAGUUCAAAGCCUGGAAGCUAUCCCUUCCCGCAUACUUCACAGCAUCCGAUGUCCCCAACUGGUUUCGUGGACCCCGAGCAAUGGUCCUAUGGAAAGAGCAGAACCUACGAAUGAUGCUAUGGUGGGGAAGCCAACGCAAAUGCACUAAUUUGGACAGAGAAGAAGCGCAAAACAUGUGCCACUUCACGGCGGUCGAAACGAUCCAAGAAAUCACCGGCUUCAUCUCCAGCCAUACCCAGACUACCCACACCGGUCUCAGCUGGUACGCGACAUACUUUCUCUUCCAGGCAACGGUAGUUCUCAGCAUCUACCAUCUUCGACCCACGCAGCCGCUGGAUACUGGUUUGGUGGAAGUCACGCAAGAGCUGUGGCUUUCAUCCAUCUCGAGAUCUCGCGACUGUUUGGCUUCGUUGAGCACUCGUAACAAAGCUGCAAUGCGGUGUCUGCAGGUCCUGGAUAGGAUAAGGGAUAGAUCACUGUCGUCGCAGACGAUCUCCCCGUCUCAACCGAAUUAUCAAAGCGAUUCUGUGCAAAUGGAACCCAUGUCUCAUAACCCAGAGGAGCAUGCCGUGCCGCUGGCAGUUGAUCCUACGCUGCAGAUAUUCUUUGAAGAUUCGACGUGGGAUAAUGAUAUAUUUGAAGGGCUGAAUGGAUUUCCUAGCACCGGAGAGAUUGGCGCGUUUGAUUAUAUGACGAUCAACAAUGAUGCUAGAACGGACAUAUAA